AUGAAUAAUAGUUGGGGGAUUAAUUUCUUCUCCUUCUUGAAACGGUUUUGGUUGAAGACGGACCCGAAUUUACCUGGAGCGAAACAAAAAACUCCAUUUAAUAUAAGCAGAUUGGCACUUCUAGUAAUAUGUGUAAUAUAUACAGCAUCGUCAGCAAGCAUCUAUUUCGAUUGGAGUGCAAUUAGAAAAUUGCUAUUAAAUGUGGGAAAAUAUAAACAUCUGAAUAUAGAGGAUUAUGCAGACAUAACAUUAUCACCUCAGUACAAGCGAAUAAAUAGUUUAUAUCCACUAACAUUAGCUAUACAUUUUACCACAUCUGUUUUUUGUGGGUUCUUAUAUGAUCAUCUUGGUCCCAAAUUUACAGCUAUGAUAGGACAGAUAUGUAAUAUAAUAGCUUGGAUCUUUUUCUCAAUCGAUUCAACAACAGUAGACACAACCCUUAUAGGUUUUGUAUUCCUUGGAUUAGGAGCAGAUACAGCUUUUAUCCCAGUUUUAACUAUUUCAAAUUUAUAUCCAGAUGCAUCAACAUUUAUACUUACCAUUGUAGGAGCAGCAGCAUCUUUAAGUUAUGCUGUACCAGCAACAUUGAAUCUAAUUUGUGAGAAAUAUUCAAAUACACCAUUUUCCUACAUUUGCUAUGGAUACAUUUUAAUAAUAUUAGUUCCUUGCUUACUAACUGCUAUUUUUUUAUUACCUUUAAAACCGUUUAAGGGAUUAGAUUAUUACAUGAAUAGAGAAAAAGGGAAGACAUUGGAUCAAAUGGAAAAAAGUAGUCGAGAAGAUUGUAAUAAUGAUAUGAAAAAUUCUAAAUUGCAAAUGAGUCGAAUGAAUCAUGAAGGGGACAUUGAUUCUGAAAAUGUUCAUGCUCAUGUAUAUGUUGAGAUGCAAAGAAUAAAUAAUUUGAAAUCAGAUUCUAAGGGAAAAAAUGGAAAAAAAGGUAAUAAUUCAUCAACCCGGGGAAACACGCCUGAUCCUAAUAUUUCCGACCAAGGAAGUAAAAAUAAAAAGAGUUCUUUCGCUAGUAGUGGUAAUAAUAACUGUUAUAAUAAGAAGAAUGUUAUAAAUGUUCAGAAUAAUGCAGAUGUGGAUAGUGACCAGGUGACACUUGCGUCUAAAGAAUUAAUAGAAGAAGAUUUUGUUUUUCAUAAAAAUAGUAUAACUUUGUUUUUUAAAAUCUUAGUUAGCUAUCCAAGUAUUUGUGUUAUCACAUAUUUUAUCUUGUUCAAUAUAUCUACAGUAUUUUAUGGUAUGGUUACAGACACUUAUUUUAGUUAUGAUAGAUCUAUCAUUAAUAUAAUUAACAUUAUGAUGCCAAUUUCAUGUAUCCCAUGUAUCAUAUUUGGAAGAUUCAUAAACAAAUAUGGAGCUGCAAUUAUAAUUAUUCUUAUGAAUGCUGUUUCAGCACUUAUGCAUCUAACAGCACUAAUUAAACAUAGAACAGCUGGACUCAUUUCAGCUUUUCUUUAUAUGUGUGUAACCAGUAUAUACACAAGUCAGAUUUAUUGCUUCAUUCAGAACGCUUUCCCAUCUUCUGUUUUUGGAAAGUUACUUGGUUUCGCUAGCUUAUGUGGUGGUCUUUUUUCGCUUCUGUGCGAAAAACUUUAUGACAAUAUUAUCAGCAAAGAUGGUACAUCUAUAGAUCCCACGAAUGUCGUUUUACUUAUUGUAAUUUGUUUCAUCCUUAUGUUUCUCCCACUCUCUAUUUUGUAUUUUAGAAAAUAUGAACGGUCAAUUGAGGGCAUUAAACACGAUGAGCUUGUGUCACAAAAUUGA